AUGGCAGCUAACCAUGAGAGCGUUGCGCAAUGGCAAGAUGCUUUGUUGCCUCAUGUCGUCGACCGAUUGGCUCGGGAUAGGCCAGAUGUCAAGUAUGGCGAAUGGGUGACCAGCUCCAGUGUAAUCACCAUUACCUACGCACAGCUGGCUAACAUCAUUAAUUGUCUGGCUUGGUUACUUGUGGAACAGCUCAAUGGUCCUGGUAGCUAUGGCGCUCACGCCGAGGUUUUGGCAUAUGUUGGUGCGAAUGAUACACCCGGUGAAAUUCCUUCUGUAAACAGCUUGAUCAGUGGUAAGCGUGUCAUUGUAACGCUACCACCAUUCCAUGGCGCUCUCCUCGUACAACUCUUGGUUGGUGCUAUUCCAUAUGGAAAUGUUGUCAUUGCCACGGUAGCAUCACCUAUACCCACUGUCCAGGGUGUCGUAGAUGCCCUGAAGCAAUCACCGGCUGAUGUAGCAAUACUCGUACCUUCUGUGGUGGCUGAAUUGGCGCAUAAUGAGGAACUGCUUGACUACUGCGCUAUUAAUCUCAAAACGAUCAUUUACAUUGGCGGCGACCUCCCUCAAGACCUAGGUGAUCGUGUUGCCUCCAGAAUAUAUCUUCGUUGUCUGUGGGGAGCUACCGAGACCGGAAUUGUCCCUCAAUUACUUCCAUCGGCAUUAGGCCGGACUUUGUGGCGAUACGUAAAAUUUCAUCCAUGCAUUGGCGCUAUUUUUGACAAGACGACCAGCGGCAUCUAUGAGUUGGGGAUCCAACGUAAGAAGGCCCUCGCCGAUAUGCAGCCAUGCUUCACCGUCCCAGGAAUGCAGCAGCUUGAAGAAUAUCGCACUAAGGAUUUGUUUGAACCGCAUCCUAGUAUCCCAGAUCUGUGGUGUUGGCGUGCUCGGUCAGAUGAUAUUAUUGUUUUCCUGAAUGGCGAAAAGACAAACCCCAUUUCGAUGGAACAGCAUAUUAUGGCUAGCAACCCUGAAGUAAGCGGCGCACUUGUCGUCGGAGCACAAAAGUUCCAGGCCGCUCUCCUGAUUGAGCCAGUUUCGGAUUUACCUCUUACAACAGCAAACCGGGCUGCUCUUAUAGAGCGAAUAUGGCCGAGUAUUGAAGAGAGUAACCGUACUGCUCCAGCUCAUGCACGUGUUGAGAAAUCUUUCGUUCUCGUCAUUCCCAUGGGCCGCCGCCCAAUUCGUGCUCCCAAGGGAACUUUUAUGCAUGGUGCUAAUAUCAGCCAGUACACCAAAGAGAUCGAGAAGCUUUACAAGGACGCAGAUGUGUUGUCGAUUAACAACGAUGAUUUGGCUAGCGAUACAAGGCAACAUGUCGCUCCAACAGGUCUUGACGGAACUACGCAUCUUGUCCGGCAACAAACCCUUGCUGUAACAGAUUGGCCAAGUCUCGACAAUGAUGACAAUCUCUUCGACCGUGGUAUGGAUUCACUCCAAGGUCUCCAGCUUACGCGUGCCUUACGACGUAUCUUUUACCAUCCUGAUUUUGCCCUUUCGACUGUCUAUCAAAACCCCACCGUAUCCCAACUGGUAGCCGCCAUUCUUACACCUAACGAAACUGUUCAAAGUGAACAGACAUCUGAGCAUCCCAAGCAGGCAUCUGAGCAAAUCAAUGUCCUCUUGACCGGGUCUACAGGCAUCAUAGUACGGUUCAUUUUCAUAUCAUCCAUAGCCGCUGUGGAGGGACAUAGAUACGGAGCAGCUCCCGAGCAAAUCCUCGAAAGCCUCGAUACACCUGCACCUUUUGGCUACGGCCGCGCCAAAUUCCUUGCAGAGCUGCUUGUCGACGCUGGUGGUCGGCAUCUCGGAAACAAAGUACCUACGACUGUGAUGCGCGUGGGUCACGUUGCCGGUCCGGUGCACAGCCCUGGAAUAUGGAAUCCGCGGGAGUGGCUACCAAGUUUAGUGCUCAGUUCCUUGCACUUGGGACAAAUUCCCGAUAGCCUUGGUCCGGGGUUUAACAAUGUCGAUUUUGUGCCGGUGGACUUGUUGAGCGAUAUACUAGUUGAGCUGGCUACGGCUGCAACGACACAGACAGCCCAUAACGCGGCGACGGUGUUCAAUGUGCGGAAUCCGCAGCUGGUGUCUUGGAGCACGUUGUUGUCUGCUAUUGUGGCAAUACAGCCGCUUCAAGUAGUGUCACCGGCGACAUGGCUGGCUAGUUUGCGAGCGAGCAGCGAGGCAGAUUAUGAGGAUGAGGAUGUGGCGGCGAACCAGGCUGUUAAAUUACCUGAUUUUUUUGAAGGUUUGUGGGCGAUACACGCGGAUACUGAGAAAGUGUCAGUGCAGCCUAUGGUGAUGGAGAAGGCUCUCGAAGCAAGCCCUGCCAUGCGAAAGCUAGAUGCUGUUAAAGUGGAAUGA